AUUGCAUGGAUAAGAAUAAGAUCGACUUGGCCCUCGAUCAUAUCACCAGCUUUGUCGGGUUGACGCAUGCAGUAGCACUUAAGCCUUAUAAAUACCAAUAUGGCCUGCAGCUGAUAUGGAUAUAUGCGCUUGUGGGUGAGUGUGUGUGUGUGUUCUGUACGUGCUGGUUGGUAGUUGGCUAGAGGGAUCGAUCGAGGCAGAUAGAUAGACAGAUAUGGCGAACCUGCAGAUAGUUGCUGCAGCCGGCAGCGGCAAGGUUGUGGAAGCUCAGUACGUGGAAAUGAUGGUGCCUUUGUACUCCUACGGUUGCGAGAGGAAAGUCAAGAAGGCCUUGUCCCAUCUCAGAGGGAUAUACUCGGUGAAUGUGGAGUAUAAGGAGCAGAAGGUGACUGUGUGGGGGAUAUGCAACAAAUACGAUGUUCUGGCCACCAUCAAGAGCAAGAGAAAGGACGCUCGUUUCUGGAAUCCUCAAGAUAAUGAUGAAAUCCUGUCUAUGUCCGAGUUCACACAACCACCUACAUCUCCCGCUCAUGGUCAUUAUCAUCCCUCUCGCAAGACUACCCACACCAAACUCCCUUUGACCCUGUCUUUAAAGUUUCGAUCCCUGAGUCUUAGCAGGAGCAACAUGAUUAAUAGCAGUUGGAAUUGGAGGUCGUUGAAGAAGUCCUUCAUCAGAUCUUACUCCUUCUAAAUUAUAUAUUAUGCAUAUGUAAAUUAAUACAUUAGGUGUUUGAUUUAAUAAACUACUUCCUUGAAAUUGAUAUAA